GAGAUAUGUCAUGAAACGGGUGUGAGAAAUAAGAUUCCACCCGUUAAACUUUGCCGCUGUAGUGCAGUAUAGUCUUCGUGAAGAGGCGCCUCAUCUGGAGUCGAGCUGUUCGCCGGGAUUCGCGUCCCAGACUCCAGAGGCCAUGAAGAGAAGGCUUCAGAAAAAAUACAUCAUCUUAAUAUUAGGAUAUUCCGUAGGGCUGCUUUUGAUUCCGUACGUACUAGAUUACCGGAGCAAAUCGCCUCAUGUAAAAGAUGGAUUUCAGCAACAAAAGUGUCCCGAUCUGAAGAGCACCAUCGCCCUGUGGAGCAGCACCAGAGAACGGACGGGCAACGCAUCGGACACGGAGGACGAUGGAACCAAGAGUCAGUCCAGAACACACAUAUACCUGCAUGCAACCUGGAGGACAGGCUCUUCCUUUUUAGGGGAACUAUUUAAUCAACACCCCGAUGUGUUUUAUUUAUACGAGCCCAUGUGGAAUAUGUGGCAGGCUCUUUAUCCAGGAGACGCGGGUAGUUUGCAAGGAGCAGUCAGGGAUAUGAUGAACUCCCUCUUUAGGUGCGAUUUCUCCGUGUUAAGACUCUACGCGGGAUCUACUAACAUAAGCACUUCUUUUAUAUUCGGAUGGAAAACAAACAAGGUCAUUUGUUCCGAGCCGCUGUGCAACGCGUACAAAAAGCACGAAAUCGGUUUGAUUCAAGGAGACGUGUGUGGCAAAUGCCAGCCCAGGGAUCUGAAAGAGUUGGAGAGGGAGUGUAAAAAGUACCCGGUGAUGGUUAUUAAAGACGUGAGGGUUUUAGAUUUGGGCGUUUUGGUUCCUCUAAUGCGCGAUCCCAAUAUAAACCUCCAGAUCGUGCAGUUGUUCCGCGACCCGAGGGCUGUGCACAAUUCCCGGCUGAAGUCGAAACUGGCGCUCGUGAAGGAAAGCAUACAGGUGCUGAGGAGCAAGAAACAGACGGAUAAAUACAAGCGACUUCUGAUACCUAGCAACAGAGUCAACCGUGCCGAGAGCUACGUCUCCAGCGCGAUGGAGCUGAUCUGCGACAACUGGCUCAGCGACAUGCUGCUGGUCGCGAACGCGCCGUCGUGGGUGAGAAGAAACUACAUGCAGAUCAAAUAUGAAGAUUUGGUCCUCAGUCCUGUGGAAGAGCUGCGGAAACUUUACCGUUUCUCCAACCUCACCCUCUCGCCGGACAUGGAGAGGUUUGUGGUGAACAUGACCCGCGGUCGGGGCUAUUCCUCGGACAAACCUUUCCUCAUAUCAUCCAGAGAUGCCAAAGAGGCGAUAUAUGCGUGGCGCGAGCGGCUGAACGUGGAGCAGGUGAACCAGGUUGAAGCUUACUGCAGUGAGGUUAUGAGACAGCUGAGAUAUCAGAAGAGGAACGUGGACAUCAAAACAUGAGCUCAUGGCGAUCAAUGGCCAGGACGCAGAAGAGAAUAGAAGAAAUGGAGCCUGACAUGAAGAUACAGCUGGAGGUACGAGGGAGGCUCUGAUGGAACCGAGGAACCACGAGAUCUCUCAGUGCCGCACAGUAGAAGACAGUAGGGUUUGAUGAUAGAAACUUAAAAACCUACCAACCUCAUACGAUACUGACAAGAAUCUAAUGUGAAAGACACUAACAAAAAUAUCAGAGGGAAGACGAGGAUACAUGGAUCAUCUACAAAUGCCUCAGUCCUGGCUGUGUCCUUACAGCCAGAUUUCAUCAGCAAUAAUCCCCAGCAGCCCAUAAUCAGCCACAGGAGAGAGACGCCCGGCUCUUUGUGUGUGAGCGCACAUGUGUUUUUGCACACACGUUUGGCCUGCGCUUUUAAUCAUGCUGAUCCUUUAUACAUCCUGGUAAAGCGCAAUUCAAUGAACUGAAUAUCCUGAGAGAGGUGUCUCGAAGGAAUUGCAAGCACCUGUAGCUUCUCUUUAACCACCCGCAAAACACCUCGGAUGGUGUGAAAUGUGCCAGUUCCCCCUGGAUGCACCAGUUGGUUCUUAUUGUAUACGCUGAAUGGCCGUGUCGAUCUGAAUGUAAACGUUACGGCUUUACAGAGGUUUGGAUUACAAUUUGCAUACCUGAAGAGGUGAAAAGUGGUUUAAGCAUUUAUACACUACAAAACAGGAUGGGAUGAGAUCUAAUUUAAAUGCUUCAAAUACUUAUCACGGACAGUAUUAUCAUUUAUUGUGAAAAGUUAUUUCGUGGAGAAGUGUUCACUGUACAGUCUGCUGCACCUUUAAAACACAGAUAUUUACUCGAAGCCAUGUGAACUUGUGUCUUGAGGAAUUAACAAAUGAAUUUUGUUAUUUAUAAAUAGAACCCUGUAAAUAAAAUUUUCUAGGAAAAAUCGUA